AUGUCAUCAUUUCAAAUAAUUGAUAGUCUAAAACCUAUUGAUUAUGAUGAAAAUUCCGAAAGAUAUAAAACAGUAAGUGUGAUUAUUGCAUCAGAUACUCACAAAAAUCAUGAAAAGAUGACGAUUCCCGAUGGUGACAUAUUUCUACAUUGUGGAGAUUUUACAAAUAGACAUGAUUGGCAAAAUUUAACAGAUGAUCAAAUUCCUCAAUCUAUAAUUGACUUUAAUCACUGGUUAGGAAGAUUAACCCAUAAACAUAAAAUUGUUAUUUGUGGAAAUCAUGAAAUUGGUUUUAGAAACUUUUCAAAGGAUGAUAUUCAAUCAAAAUUAUUAACAAAUUGUAUAUAUUUAAAAGAUGAAUUAAUUCAAGUCGAAGGUAUUUCAAUAUAUGGUUGUCCAUGGCCAUUUAAUGAACGUUAUAGAACAAAAUGGUCUUUAAUUCCAUCACAUAUCGAUAUAUUAAUGACACAUAGUCCUCCACAAUUUAUCUUAGAUUUAGCAUAUCAGCCGAAAAAAACUCCUUCAAUAGAACCUUGUUCAAUCUGUAAUAAUACAGUUCAUGGUUCAUACGGACAUUGGGGUUCAAGAAGUUUAAUUAAAGAAAUUCGUGAAAGAAUUCAACCUCGAGUUCAUUGUUUUGGACAUGUACAUGAUGAUUCAGGUUACAAAUAUGAACAAAAUGGAAAUGGAACACUUUUCAUUAAUGCAGCUAUGAAUUUAACAAGACAACAUUUUAAAUUGAUCUUUUAUAUUGAUUUACAAAAACAAUAA